CUUGCCUAAGAUACCCAAAUAAUGCGGAAAGGACGCGCAGCAGCAGCUGGAGCGCCACAACGUGGUCCCCAACGUGACAAGCCUUCUCCACCUGUUCAGACCAAUGAGAAGGAAGUAAUAGCAGCAGCCACAGUCCCUCACGUGGAGCCGCCAACUGAAGUGGUGGUGGUCGACUGGCGAGUAAAGUACGGCUUCUUGAAUGCCAUCGACAAGCUCUACCGAGCGUAUCCGUGCCCGAAGAAGCCUCGCAUGCCGACGUCCGCCGAUGCCGCCCCUAGCUGGAUACAAACCAUGCUGCCGACUACGGUACGUAUUGUCCAUGUCGAACCUCGUGUGACUGAUGGCGGUGCAAUCGUUCGUGGUGCAGCCAGCCGAGUUUUUAAACAACGACACUGCGAUGCAAGACUUGUUUAAUGUGUGCGAACCAAUCGAGUGUUAUCAAGGCGGCAUCAACAUCGUCGUCACGGCACGUUGUUCUCGGGCUUGUGCGAAAUUUAUAUACAACUUUCAACCAAAUACUACGACUUGUACAGGGGAAGGAGCUAGGCGGCAAGACAUCGUUCGCCCAUCUGUUCAUGCAGCGCAUGUACCCCGAAGCCACGGAGAGGAAGCGCCGCGUGCUGGUGCUGGAUGCAGCGACGACCGAGGAGAGCGUCCUGCUGACAAAGUUGGACGCGUUCAAGCGAUACAUUGAGCACCCCAAGACAAAACCACACACCAAGUUUCCCUACGUGGUCAUUGAGAACUUUCACGUCUUGAACCCUCGGACUCAGCAGCAUUCAAUCGGACCGCAAUGGGAGAUUUUGAACGAAAAACACAUCUUCUUUCUGGUGACGGUAGCCCCCGACGCCAGCAAAGUCACCGAACAGAUCAAGUCGACAAGUAAGAUCGUGCGGCUACGACCACUCGAAGACAUCCACGUACUAGAGAAACUUCUCACCGUGUGCGUCAACCAGCGAAUCGGGUUUGUGCGACCUGCGAUCGACUACAUCGCCAAGCGAAGGCGCCACGCGUUAGGGCCGUGCCUCGAUACACUGCAGCAGAUCUUCCAUGCCCACCAGUACCUGAGCAUGGAAAACGUGGACCGGUUCUUCCAUCGCAAUAUGAUGCACAUGAAGGACACGCUCGACAUUGCCGACAUGUGCGCGCCACUCAAGCGAUGCAAAGUGUGCACGCUCGUGCCCCCGUGUGCCCACACCACCCUCCAGCACCUCCACGACCGUGUCGUCCGCCUCCGGGCAAUGUACCCCCAAAACAACCAGCGUGACGUGUGCCCAGACUUCAAACACACGGGCAUCUGCCACGUGUUCAAUCGGAAAGGGCGGUGUCUGUACGACCACCCCCCAGAGCUCCACGUCAUUGACACGUCGCGCCUCGCCGCACGGUGCCCCGUCCACACGUUGCCCCAGCCGUGCUCGCAUUGCGCGACGCUGGCCACGACCGUCGCCAAAGCCGCCGCCCUCGCCAAGGAUAAGCGCGACAUGGAAGCCAAGAUGGCCAAGCUCAAGAAGACCAUCGCCGACAUGGAUUAUGGGUUGCACGUCCAUUUGAAGGCCAACGGCGCGACAGUCGUGUGGGGCAAGGCCAAGGACUUGCUGGAUGCGCAGACGGUGGAGCUGCAGGAUGAGAUCCAGCAGACACGACGGGAGCUGGAACGCAUGGAGCGUCAUGUGAAGGACGAUAUUGAACCAGUGUUGGGAACGUUGCAAGAGCAGAACCAGCGCGGGUAUUGCAAGGGGUUGGGCAAACGAAUGAAGCUCCGAGCAGUGGCCAGCGGCGACCCCCAACAAGGCGAAGAGUGACGUUAAGAAUAUAUAUUGUGGAGCGAGUGUAUAUAUAUAUAUAUUGUAGUUAGGUGAGGGAACUGGGCUGGGUCCAUCGCAGCGAUGGGUUUUGCUGGACGAGCAUCGCAACGCGCUCUUGUUCCUUCUGCAGCGCCAUCGCCAGUUUAUCCGAGUAAUCGUCCAAGUCGUAACCAUAAGGAUCAAACACAUCCUUGGGAAAGUUUGAUUGCACUUCCUCAAUGCCAAAGUACUCGACCACCCUUGCCAAAAUGUACGGGUUGUCGAACUCCUUCUUGCUGCGCAAACUCCCGAUAAAACUAAGGCCGCGCUCUUUAUGUUCCAAGUACUUGUUGAUCUUGGCUUGAAUCGCCGGGUCGCAUCGCGCUCGCGGUAAGUCUGGCAAUGCUGGAAGUGCCGGAAUAUCAUUCGUCGGUUCAUCCGCAGCGAUAUCGUGGGUUAACACGACGGAGGCAACGACAUCAGGGGCUGCUGGCGCAGGAGCAGCAACCGCUUCCUCGUUGACUUCAUUGAUUGCGACAGCGUUUGAAGGCCCAACAGUCUCCUGACGCCCUGUCUCGCUCUCCGACGAGUCCGAGUCCGAUCCGUAGUCCGCGACGCCCAACGGAUUCCACAUGCAAGUCUG